CCUGUGAGUAACGAUUCUGUGUCCCUGAGUAACCAUUCUGUGUCCCUCAGUAACAAUUCUGUGUCCCUGAGUAACAAUUCUGUGUCCCUCAGAGUAACGAUUCUGUGUCCCUCAGUAACUCAAAUUCUGUGUCCCCUGAGUAACAAUUUCUGUGUCCUGUGUAUUAACAAUUCUGUGGUCUGGCCCAUGACGUAACAAUUCUGUGUCCCUCAGUAACAUUUCUGUGUCGCCCUCAAGUAACGAUUCUGUGUCCCCUCAGUAACAAUUCUGUGUCCCUGUCAGUAAAAAUUCUGUGUCCCUGAGUAAUCAAUUCUGUGUCUGGUCCCUGAGUAACAUUUCUGUGUCCCCUUGAGUAACAAUUCUGUGUCUGUCCCUGAGUAACAAUUCUGUGUCCCUGAGUAUUACGAUUCUGUUUCCCUAAGUAAGAACGAUUCUGUGUCCCUAACGUAACGAUUCUGUGGCCCUAA